UAAACGCGGCGCAAAAUCACGGAACCAUGUAGUCGACGUGCCUUCGUACAUAUGGCGAUACGUUUAUUCAUUCACGGGUAUCGUUUCGCAGGUGUGAUUCGAAGACUAGGCAAUUUAAUUUAAAAAUAAAAAUCAGUUUAAGAGUAAAAUCGCGAGAGAUCGAUUCUCAAGUAAUCUAAAUUCAAUUUACAAUGACAUCAGAAAACGCUCGGGGCUGAAAAUGCUGAAUCUUCAAAUUAGAGUGACGUAAAGUUUGUUUGGUAAUCAAAAAUCUGUCCGCGGAAAAUUUAGCGAUGUAUUUAUAUAUACCGACUUCGUGUGACACAUUGUGAGAGUGAUUACGCUUCGAAGGUGUCAGUUUUCUCGAAUUUAGAAAACCGCGUAAUUGAUGGCGCUUGUAGUAGAGCGAGUUUUCUCGAAUAGCGGUUCUUUGAAACUCCGGUUGAUCCGUACUACACGUGGUCUACUAAUCUCGCAAUUAGAUUAACAUGACGAUUGUUUGGCAGUGGUCCUCAGGCAGGAAGAGGCUGCUCAUCUUUCUUCAAUCGGCACGUCGCUGGAUGAUUCACAUCUUGAUUUUUACCGUGAUUAACAGCAGUUUCUGAACGAAUCUAAUCAACGAGCGAAAGAGAGAGAAAGCGAGAGAAAAAAAGAGAAAGAUAGCUGCUCUUGGCAUAAUUACGUAAUUUACGUUAUUUGUGUCCUGAAAUAUAACCGUCGUCGUCGUCGUCGUCGUCGGCGACGCGAGUCUUAUCAUUCUCAAAGGAGAAUGGCUGUAUAUUCGCGGCAGCGAGUAUCACGCAGCCUUCAGUAGGAAGAUGAUAGAGGGCCAGGUGCAUCAACAUCCGGUACGAGUGCCGCCCGACAAGCCGCAGCCGUUCCAGAAUGCCAAUACCGGCGUCAAAUUCGAAAAUGAGCAAUGUAAGGAGCCUCUGCUUCCUGAGAGGCAGAACUCCCACAGGAUGACACCGACCGACGGCCGCUCGCGGACCACCUCCGAGUCGAAAGAUACCACAACCACCACGACCAGCACGGCCAGCGUCACCACGACCACCAAUGGACAGGCGACAACAGCGAGUCCCACCAUCGGUGGACACGCCGCCGACGACUGCCUCGAGGUUACCAUCUUCGACGAGGGCGUCGACGGCGGCCGGCUGCCGGACGUCGUCGCCGAGAGCAAAAUCUACGGCGUGACCGGCGAGGACGAGCCGCUCGAGUCGUACUUGGCGAUUACCAUUCAGGUCUUCAUACCCUUUCUCAUCGCCGGCCUGGGCAUGGUGGGCGCCGGAUUGGUCCUCGAUCUUGUCCAACACUGGGUAGUGUUUGAAAAAGUCAACGAGCUUAUGAUUCUGGUACCGGCACUCCUGGGGCUGAAGGGAAAUCUAGAAAUGACUCUGGCGUCGCGUCUUUCUACUCAAGCGAAUCUCGGACACAUGGACUUGCCAAAGGAACAAUGGCACAUGAUCGUCGGGAAUCUCGUCUUAAUACAAUGUCAAGCGAUAGUGGUGGGAUUCCUGGGUUCCGUGGUGGCGAUCGUGAUGGGUGCCUUCCGCAACGGCACGGUCUCGCUGGAUCAUGCCUACCUACUGUGCGCCAGCAGCCUGGUUACCGCGUCUCUCGCCUCCUUCGUACUGGGCCUUAUUACCGCGGGCGUCAUCGUCUUCUCCCGUCAUUGCCAUAUCAAUCCGGACAACGUGGCCACACCGAUAGCCGCCAGCCUCGGCGACAUCACGUCGCUGGCGCUCCUCUCCUGGAUCGCCACCGUACUCUACGAAUGCAUAGACAAGCAGGACUGGGUGGCACCCCUCGUCAUAGCCUGUUACGUCCUCGUGACGCCGCUCUGGGUGUGGAUCGCCAAGAAGAACAAGUACACCAACGAUGUGCUCUACUUUGGCUGGACGCCGGUCAUGGUGGCCAUGUUGAUCAGCAGCUGCGGCGGUCUCAUACUGGAGUUCAUGGUGUCGCGCUUCGAGAAUCUGACGGUGUUUCAGCCGGUCAUCAACGGCGUCGGCGGGAACCUGGUUGCUGUUCAGGCCAGCAGGAUAUCGACGGCGCUUCACAAACAAGCCGAACUCGGCACGCUUCUAAUCCCACCGGGCUACACGCACCCCGUCAUCUUCAUCACUCCAAUUGCCAAUUUUUUCGGGAAAGGUAUGCACGCCAGAACCACGAGAGUACUGAUGACGAUGGUGAUACCAGGCCACAUCAUCUUCAUUUACCUGAUCAAUUACAUGAAGGAUGGUAACACGACGAUGACGCCGCUCUUCGUCUUCGUUUACCUCUGCGCGGCGAUGCUGCAGGUCGCGGCGCUCCUCUACAUCGCCUACAUAAUGAUUCACUGGAUGUGGAAGCGGAAAAUUGAUCCCGACAACUCGGCGAUCCCGUAUCUGACCGCGAUGGGUGAUCUGCUCGGGAUCAGCCUGCUGGCGAUUGCCUUCCAAUUUCUGUACCUGGUCGGAGAUCAAGAUUUCGACGCGCCCUGACCGUAAUAAGGAAGUCGCAAAUUAUAGCGUUCUCUCUGACGGGCGGGACGCGCAAGAGCUGUCGGACCGAAAGGGCAUUCCUACGAGGCUGUGGUCGUCUGAAAGUAUAUUUCCACCAAAUCCAAAUCGUCGAUCUGCCAGUCCGCCGACGAGUCCCACGGACGGACGGUCGCAUUGGCAUUACUUGGCAGAGCAUUAAUAAUUCAUCACUUAUAUCCUGCGUUCGCCAGGAAUUAAUUAAAAGGCCAUCAGGUAUCGAGGCCGAUUGUUUAUGAAAACCGGUCGAAUUAUUUCCAUUAUUGAUGCGAACGCCUCGAUGCUUAAAUGAUUCAUAAACUUUUUACGAACGCAAUAUACAAGUGGCCGAUUGUUAGUACCUUGUCAAGUCGAGCGGGCGCGUACUCAGGUUUUAAUUAGCUAUUAAUAUAUCAGAAGAUAAUACGAGGUCGAUAGCACGUGGCAAAUUAAUUCGUCGAUUAUCUAGAAAUUGCGAUUGUAUUUUAACGAAACAUUGGAAUUUCUCCGGACAAUCCUAUCUCCGGAAUUCAAGCCUAAAGCUCGAGAAUUAAUUUCUUCGAGAACACGGCCGAUGGAGACAUUUAAUUAACAAGUUUACCAAGCAACGGCGAUAAUUUUGUGGAUUUCUUUGACAAUAUAUAUCUGAGAUAUAUCGAGAUAUAUCUCUUGAAUGCGUGACGCAAAGCCUAAGAUUUGCUAGUCUCGAAACUUAAGAAUUUCAAAAUUCUAAAAGCAUAAUUUUUCGAUGUAUUGCGAGUAAAAAAUUUUAGAGAGAUUAUCAUAUUUUUCGGUUAGAGACAUAUAUAAUUUACGAAGUUACAUAUUAAAUCAUAAUUGCGGGAACUGCGAUAGCAAUUUAACUCUCCGUAGUUUAUCCUUGGGCUCACAGCAAGAAUUCUGGCUCUUCCACGGAGCGCGCGUAAUUAAAAAGCACGUGUAGUCGUAAUACCAACGCGUAUGUGUCUUCGAAUAGUUGCCUUCGUAUACGACGAAAUUUAGAUAGGUAUUUAGAAGCUGCCACACGACCUAUUUUUGGAAGCUUUGGAGCAGAGCUCUCGGAGAUUUACUCGAACCCUGAAACAUACCUGCGCCGCAUUCAAGUCCUACUUUUAACUUCUUGCGGUGUGGUUUAAUCGGAAUUCGGUGUCUUCCUCUCGCGCAAAUAAUUAAUUCCAAGAUUUUUUUAACCUUCUGAAUUAUUCAUUAGUAUGCGAAACAUCUUUCGGUUCUGGAUAAUAAUCGCUCAAAAGAUAGAGUGCAUUGUCGGGCUAUAGAAAUCGAGCCGAUGUGAUGUGAAUCGUCGUGAGUACGAGAGCGAGCAGAAUCUCGCGCGACAGAACGGAUAAAAAUACACUCGCUAGCAUUAUCACUUAGCAAAUGAAUUUUUUUUCCAUAUAAGUUCAAACGGAUUCUGAAGAUUUCGCGGAAAAAAAUUAGUAUGCGAACGCGAUGAAUGCAGCUUUAGCGUCUAAAUUAAACUGACCAUAGAGACGAGUGCGCAGUUGUUAAGAAAUUCACGAAUUCCACUCGAUCGACUGUAUCGAGGUGUCGUUAGCCGAGAUUGGAAGGUCCGCGCGAAGGGCGCGCAAGGAUGGAGCCUUGGGCGAAAUUGUGACGUGAAUAGCAUCGCUUUCGAAGGGGAAGACCACGAGUGGGCGGUAUUUGAAAGUCGAAUGCAUUUACGAGUUAGUCGUUCGUCCCGUCGACGAUUAUAUCUCUGACGUCGAAUGUGAACGAUUUAAUUCGCAUCCCCCCCCCCCCGACACGAUUGCAACACGUAGUACAACGCUUUUGUGUUCAGUGAUGAGGCUCCAAGCGAUACUUCGGUCGAUAUAUUAAUUUCGCUCGGUGCGCCUGUCGCGGCUCAUGCGGACGAUACGCUGUAUAGUAUUGUAAUUUAAGGUAUUUCGUAAAGAAAGGAGAAGAAAGGAACGAAAGAGGACGUCGUUACAUUUCCGUGUACAUAUUAACCGUGUAUGUAACGUACGUGUUUUACGUACGCUAACGUAUAUAUUAUAGGCGUCGCGUCGGAGACUAAUAUUUAGUCUCCGCGAUGGGGGAGAGGGAUUCACGUCCAAGUCGACAUCGCCUUUCGGCCCACACACGUUCAGUAUUAUCGCUUUUACGACGUUGCCUGAAAUCGUCGUGACAAUCUCUGGUGAAAAUUUGUCUCAGAAUUCUUCAGCAUAAGUUUAGUAUAAUUUUUCAGUAAUUUCUAUAUAAAUAUCAGAAUUUCUAAAUUAUUUUGUAGAAACUUUAUUAGGUUUUUUUAGAAUACUUUUCAAUGACUGAGAAAGUCAUCUCUUGUAGAAUAUAUGUGAAUUCUGAAAUAUUUUAAGAUUUCUCGCAUUCAAUAAUUUCCGAAGAAAUCUUAUAAAAUCUGGAGAAGCCUAAAAUAUUUUUCAGAAUUCUUUAUAAAUUUAAAAUAUGAAAAAUCCUCAGAAAUAUUUUGAAGUAUUAAGAGAAUUUUUCACCAGAGACGGCAGGCAUUCCGAUUCCACCGACAGAACGUCCCGCUUCUUCGGCGCGCGUGUCUUCUCGCGAACUGCGUUCAAGUCGAUCCGAUUAAGAUAGCACAGUGCACUUACACGAGUAAAAAGAAAAAGAACAAAAGGAUCACGACGUGUUGUGCUCGCGUGAUUUAACAGUGCAUGAAUUCAUCUGAGAUUUACCGUCGAAUCAUUUUCAUCUCGCGGUUAGUCGCUUUAUGAGUUUCGUCACACGAUAAAACGAGAUAAAAUGUGUAAAAAAAAAAAGAAAGUAAAAUGCGCUCGCGAGCUUUUUUGCGAACAUAAAUUCUUGGAGCAAUACGCGUUUACGUUUUGGCGUGUUAUACAGAAUCGAGUAUUUUAAAAACUUCUAUUGCUCGUAGCGUCAUAUAGUGAUCGUUGUUUGCUUUGUUUUAUAUAAAAAUAAGUAAAAAUACACAAGAAGUAUAUUUCUUC